AUGAAGAGUGAGCAGAAGAGGAAUUACUCAGAGGUAACAGAGUUCAUCCUGUUGGGAUUUAACAUCCCUCCCAAGUUUCAAGUGUUCUUAUUUUUAAUGUUUCUGAUGAUCUACAUGGUCACCGUGGUAGGGAAUGUCAGCAUGAUAAUUGUCAUUAAGAUGGACUCCAGACUCCAAACACCUAUGUAUUUCUUCCUUAGAAACUUGUCUUAUUUAGAUCUCUGCUAUUCCACAGUCAUUGCUCCAAAAACCUUAGCCAACUUCUUGACAAGUGAAAAGAAAAUUUCCUACAAUGGUUGUGCAGCCCAGUUCUUCUUCUUUGCUUUGUUUGUUACAACUGAAGGUUUCCUUCUUGCUGUCAUGGCAUUUGAUCGAUUCUCAGCCAUUUGCUCCCCUCUCCAUUACCCUGUGCACAUGUCCCAAAAGGUAUGUGUUCAGUUGGUAACUGGCUCCUACAUCUGUGGAUGCAUCAACUCCAUAGUACAAACAGGUUUCACUUUUAGCUUGCGUUUCUGUGGAGAAAACAGGCUGGACCACUUUUUCUGUGAUGUCCCAGCUCUGAUUAAGAUCUCAUGUGUUGACACCUUUGUGAAUGAGAUUGUACUGUUUAUUCUCUCUGCUCUCAUCAUCAUCUCCACCACAUCCAUCAUUCUGGUCUCCUAUGGGUACAUCCUUUCCACUGUCCUGAAGAUCCCCUCCACCCAUGGCAGGAGUAAGACCUUCUCCACUUGUGGUUCUCAUAUAGCAGUGGUGAGUUUAUUCUAUGGAACUGUGUUCUUCAUGUAUGCCCAGCCUGGGUCCAUCUCCUCACCAGAGAAAAGCAAGGUUGUAGCUGUGUUUUAUACACUUAUAAUACCCAUGCUGAACCCUUUAAUAUAUAGUCUAAGAAACAAAGAUGUGAAAGAUGCUGUGAAAAAAAUAUUAGGUGGAAAAAGUUCCGAGUGA